AUGAAGGCACGAUCGCUGCGACAAGAGCUAUACAUUAAACAGCCUGCAGUCAUUGUGGCCCUUAUAACUACCUUAACCGUACGUUAAAUUACAUGCCACUAUGCGCUGUUAUAAUAAAACACACAGUUUCUAUGUUAUCCUUAACGUGUUUUCACGCAGAAAUCCGGGGAUUCGAACGCCUGCCUGAAAAUUAAAGCAUUUGCUGGUAAAUAUACGUAUGUCAACUAGUCAUAUCGAAUCCGUUUUCAUCUAAGAAGGAUUAGUUAAAUGGAAUUAUUGUACAUUAUACCGAGCAUUAUAAUCACUAAACACUUCAGUCAUGCUGCAUGCUGAUCUUGGUAUGCAGUUUUAUUUGGCCGACUGGAAAAAAUGCGUUUGGUAAAUAAUACUACUUAGUUAAUGUGGAUUUGUUCCCAUUGAUUCAAGCCACUAUCGCAACUUAAGAUAAAGCCUAUAGAAAAGAUUUAAAAUCAUUCUUUCUUGUACUCAUUUUGUAGUACAACACGUCGUUUUAGAAUUGUAUGCUUAGAAUGAUGUCUAUCACUCAUUUCUAAGAAAGUCUGUAAUCAUAAAAUUUGGAAGAUCACUAGAUGCCUAUUGAUAAAGGACUGUAUCUCCCCGUUUACUAACGUUCAUCAUAAAGUAUGCUGCAUCGUCCAUAUUAACUAUCGAAUUUGACAAGUCAUGCAUGGCACACUUUUGGCUGUAUACAGGGAUUAGCUAUUAGUCGUCGUACUUAUACAGUAGAUGUGCUAACUCAUGAAAUGUCAACCAAAAUUUCGAAAUGCGUUCUCGUUUCGAAAAGAUAAAGUAAGUAGUGUUGUAAAACUAAUCGUGAUGCAACAUAAAUCUAUAAUGAUCCAGUUACCUCAGGGUGUCAGCUUUCGAAAGAACUUAUUUUCGGCUGCAUGCUAGAUCUAUACUCUGCAAAAAAUGACUACUUAAGUAGCAUGCAAUUUUCUCAUUGAUUUUCGAUGCCCUUGAAAAUUCAAUUGUAUUUCAUGGAAAACAUGCAUAAAAAUAUUCAUUCUUUUACUUAUUCGGUAGAAAAUCACGUCUUUUUCCAAUUUCGUACUCAAAAGAAGAGUAUAAUUCCGUUUUAAAAAAGUUUCUAAUUGUGAGAUUUUUUAAUACCGUUAAAUAGCCGUUCAUGAAACGUCGUGUAUCUGCAUUUACGAAUGUGGCUUGCAAAGUUAACAAUAUUGCUCAAAUCCACUGCUUAAUUUUAUGAACCUUAUAGGGUCUCCUCUUAACAACGUAGAGAAAUGCAUGGUUUUCCGUACACGGAAAAUAUACAGCUUGUAGUUUUGAAACCCUGAAUGCAAGUGUAAAAGCAGGUCGGGUUCAAAAUUAUUCGGGAAUUAGAAAAGUUUUUUAAAACCGAAUUAUACUCCUCUUUUGAGUAUGAAAUUGGAAGAAGACGUGAUUUUCUACCGAAUAAGUAAAAGAAUUAAUAGUUUAAUGCAUGUUUUCCAUGAAAUAUAAUUGAAUUUCCGAGGGCAUCAAAAAUCAAUGAGAAAAUUACAUACUACUUAAGUAGUCAUUUUUUGCAGAGUAUAGAUCUUGCAUGCAGCCGAAAGGAAAUUCUUUCGAAAGCCGACACCCUGAGGUAACUGGAUCAUUAUAGAUUUGUGCUGCAUCAUGAUUAGUUUUACAACACUACUUAAUUUAUCUUUUCGAAACGAGAACGCAUUUCGAAAUUUUGGUUGACAUUUCAUGAGUUAGCACAUCUACUGUAACUAUGAACACAUUAGAAAAGACUUUUCAGUUGAUCAGCAGUAGGUGCCUUGCGAGCCUUCGUUGUAGACGUCCGAUCGUCUUAACAGGUAAGCUUUCUGUUUUGCGCAGUAUGUAAAUAUACCUUAAUCCGCUCUCUAAAUAAAAAUGAACCUGAGAUAACGCAAUAUUUAGUAAGACAGCUCAACAAGGGAUUUUUUAACAAACUGACAGUCCUUGGACGUCGCCAAAAAGCAUGGGUAAUAAACUGCAGAUAAAUGGUUGGCGUCCACAUAGCGAGUAUAAGGUAAUAAACAACAUUAGCAUUUCCAAGUGUUGUCCGAUCCGUCGUCCUGAAGACUUUGCCGGAGCCGUCUUUGGAAGGGCCGUUUUCGACGGUCGACUUGAGUCAGGCUUUUCACCAGACUCCAGCACCAGUGAAAACGUGCGCAGAUCGGCCUCAUCAGUGCCUUUUGAUUUGCUCAAAUUUAUUUGCAUGGCCUUUGAUCUCCAAAACGACCCACGUGCAGUGCAUGACCGAUCUCAUGAAAUUUUGGCCGAAAAACCGAACGUGUAAAAGAAAGCUUAUUUUUAUGCAAGACCGUCGAAAAUCCAUGGGAAAAAUGCAUGCUGCACAAGUAGUCUUUUUCACUGAGUUCGGUUUCUGCAGUAGGUCCAAAGGAGUGCAUCCAAGAGCCGACGCACGGGCGAGUCUGAAAUGUAAGAGAAUUAUGUCGCAAGCUAAUUAGUAUCACAACCCCACCUAAUUAAUUCUUCCUAAUCGAAAACGCGUUUCGGAAUUUCGGCCAACAUUUCAUGAGAUCGGUCACGCAAUAUACAAGGAAACUUAAAGUUCUUCUUUUUCAUAUAACGGCAAGGCGGUGGUCAUCUGUAGCACUGCACUUUUAUUUAGCACACCACGUCAGCAUGUCAUUUGAACUAACUCAUUCUCACCAUCAUUUUGCAAAAUAUCAUUAAUCGUUUUCUAUCCAUUUCUCGCUAAAGAAUAAAACCAAAUCUAGUACAAAGAUUGCAUUUAUGUUUCGCAAAAUGCAUUAUCGUAAAACCUCCAAGAACUUUAUUCAGGCAGUAACAAAGCCGAUGGAAGUUUUAAGGAGAUGUUUCACAUUUCAGUGGCAUUUCCCAGCGGCAUCUUGAAUGGCUACACCUAUGUUUGCGCAGAAACUCUUAAUCUUUUAAUGAUGCGCAAACUCAGUAAUUACUGCAAGCGUAUUCUCUCCUUUUCAGGCAUUUUAGAUUACUGAUGCCAGCAGUCAGCUUUGUGUUAUCAAAAUGACGAUGAUGAUAUAUUAUCUAAAGGGAGCCGAAAUGGGUGUCAGUUUUCACCCACAACGAAUUUGGCGAAAUAGGUAAAUUUACAAAGCAAACUCUACUAAAAUAUACAGUACCUGUGCUAACUCAUGAAAUGUCACGAAUUAACACAGGUUAACGCCUUUAACGCAAAAUCGGUAAACACUACGGCUCCCAAAGUCUGAUAGCGGAAAAUAAACGAUGUGCCAAAGAAAUAAAGCAAAGUUUGGUUAAGAAAAUAUUAUUUACUGAGAUAAAAAUAAAUAAUUUUCGACAAAAGUCGCAUUUUCGAGAAACGCCUAUAUUACAACCAAGUUAAUAAAGGCUACGUAUGAGGACGUAUAAAGGAGGAGGGCGCAUAAAAGGUCAAAAAUAAUUAAGGACAGAAACAGAUACAAAAAAUUAGUACUUUGUAGAUUGUCCAUUCGAAUUAAUAACAGCAGAAAGUCUGUCCGACAUAGACAUGACAAGGUUAUCUAUGGUGGAUUGUAAAAUGUAAUUAUUGAGUAUGAAAUCCAAUUUUUCCUGCAUUGAAAGAGUCUUCUUAGCUUUGUGCCAAUUUCUUUUGACUAUUCCAAAAAGAUUUUCGAUAGGAUUCAAAUCGGAACUGUUGGCCGGGAUGAAAAUGGAUUGGAGGCCAAUUGCGGAGAGCGUGGUUGUUGUCUAAAACUUUAGAUUAUGUUUGCAAGCGGCAUCAAAUUCGUACCUCUUUAGAGCGGUGGACAGGUGCAUUGUCCUGCAAAAUUACAGUAUCCAUUCGGCGCCGACUUAUGCCGUUGUAGCCGAAAGCAUCCUUGACAAUUGCAAUGAACACCUUGCUGUUGAUGGUGUCGGAUGUUGACCGCCAGACAGGCCGCUCACCGAAUUUAAUCGUCAUCCAAACCAUCAUCCGCCGACAGUUCUUGAAUGUUGCCGUCGGUGUAGUAUGUUCUCUUGGGAAGUUCUUUCCACAUAUGACAGUUUGGAGCGACUUCGUAGGCUUGUCUAAAAAUAGAACCUCAUCGCAGAAGAAAAUGCUCUUCCAAAAUGAAGAUCUGUAUUCAAUAUAAUUCUUAGCAAAUAAAAGCCGUUCUCUAAUUAGUUUUCUACUUAAAUAUGGCUUAAUCAUGGCCUUCCGCCGCUGCAGUUCAAAUUCCUUCAUCCUUUUUCUAAUGAUGUUCAUAGAAAACAUCGGCAGAUGUUCCCGCUGAAUGGCCUCAAUGGGCAUGUAAUGAAACUUUUUUAAUGUACGACGAAUAAAAUCGUCGUCUUGCUUACUUGUGGACCGUUUUGGUCCCCCUAUCUUAUUUCUAGUUUUAUCAUUAAUAAUGCGCCACAGAGUGACCUUGCUAAUAUUGAAAAUAUUAGCUAACGACUCACGCGGGAUUCCUUCCGCCGCUAAUUUUCGAAUGCGCUGGAAGUCAACUUCGGAUAAGUAUUGUUUAGACAUAGUUAUCGUUUGGCGUGGCAGAGCAAAGUGACGGCAUGUCGCGCGAACUCAAUAUAUAUUCGUUUACGACACGCAUUUUCAGUCUGGUAAAACAAUCACACUGAUAAACUUUUUUAUUUCGGUAUUUUGAAACAUAAAACUUUACGGAUUUGUAAAAUAGAAUUUUUAGAUAAAGAAUCGCACGUUAUUUCCUGAACACAAUAAGAAAUAAUUUAUCUGCAUUUCCCUGAUUUUGUUGAUAUUGAAAUUUAAUUUUUUCUUUUUGUUCGAAAGUUUAUUAAAAAAUUUCGUCCUUUUAUUAAUCUUCUUAAACAGAUUAAUAAGGUUACACAAAGAAUUUCCAUCCGAAAGCUUUAAUAGCGUAGGAAACUGCUUGAAUAUCAGGACUCCUCCGAUUUCGCCUUAAUCCGGCCCGUUUUCUAUUUAAUAUACAGAUCCGUAUCAAACUUUCCUUCAGAAAACGGUCUUUUCGUCCUUAUUUCAACCAAAUAAACACAAAUAACGACACCAAAAAUACACUACAUUGUCCACUAUAAUUUUGACCUCGGCAUUUCAUGAGUUAGCACAGGUACUGUAGAUAGUAGCAUCGUAUACGCAAAUCAUUGUUCGGACAGAGAAUUAAGAUGCUGUGGUAUUGGGAUGCAUAGUUGUAUGCUGAUUCAGCUUGCGUUAAAAAUCUUGACGAAUGUGCGCCUAUCAAUAUCUUGCCCAUACAAGCGUGUAUGUGUGUUUUUAGGAACUAGUUGAUAGGAAGAAGAAGAAGAAGAAGGAGGAGGAGGAGGAGGAGGAAGAAGAAGAAGCGGAUGAUGAUGAUGAUGUUGUUGUUGUUGAUGAUGAUGGUGGUGGUGGUGGUGGUGAUGAUGAUGAUGAUGAUGAUGAUGAUGAUGAUGAUGAUGAUGAUGAUGAUGAUGAUGAUGAUGAUGAUGAUGAUGAUGAUGAUGAUGAUGCGAUUAUUCAAUUAAGGGAUUUAUCCGCCUGA